AUGCUAUCCGCCGCCUGCUUAAACGGGCGCUUUGGUUACAUAGUUUUUUUCAUCGUAGCUAUGUUAAUCUUGACCUCAAAGGAGUUGGAUUUUCUGAGGAAAAAGUCUUCCAGUACGGAACUCUCUUUUACUUCUCCAUCCCAAGUUCAUAUUGCAAUUACAGCUUGUGGCAGAGCACUAUAUGGGAAAGACGCACUACUCACUAUAAAAUCCAUCAUUGCAGAAAUGGUACCUUCCUCAGGACUGGCGCAUUUGCUUAUUAGCAUAGUUUGGGACGAAAGUAAAGUUAUAGAUGAGGUUCUUGUGAAACCUUUACUUUUGCACGUUACUAAAUACAGUUAUCAUAAAUUUGUCCAAAUCCGCCUAGUACCAGCUAGUGAACUCCCAAAAGAGCUGGAAGUACCGUUUGGGAAGUGUGCCUCUCAAAGACUUUUCUUCGCGGAAAAUCCCCACUUCACGAAUGAAGAUGCUUUAAUCUAUGUUGAUACAGAUGUAUUGUUUCUAAAAAGUCCUUUGCUACUUUGGAACAUAUUUUCUUGUUUCUCUCCUCUACAAAAAUUUGGCAUGGCAAAUGAAACUAACGGAGGGACUGGGGGAUAUUAUAGAAAAAGGCUAUCAAAAAACCACGUUCCUUGCUCGCAAGGUUCGUGCAAGUGCAAAAAUGGGCUGAGGUGUAAACGAUUCUAUGGCCUCUACGGCCUUAAUAGUGGAGUAGCUCUGAUGAAUUUGACAAGAAUCAGAAGAAGCGAUUUUCAAAGUAGAAUCAGGAUAGCGAUGACAAGUUUCAAGUUUUAUGGAGAUCAGGAUGUAUAUAAUCACCUAUUUGCUGAGAGGAAUGAUGUACAUGUUCUUCCUUGUAUAUGGAAUAUUCGCUCAGAUAGCCGAUGUGAUUUUGCAAAAAAUGAUGAGAGUCUUGGUAUUUUGCAUGGGAACCGCAAGCUGUUUCACCGGCUUGAGGGUUCAUUAAGUGUUCAAGACUUCAACCUACAAAAGUUUGAUGUACAUCACCAGCGUAUAAGAAAUAUGAAGUGGGACAAACUUGGGCCACGCUGUUUAGGAUGCUUUCAAAACACCAUCUUAAAGCAGACAAAUGUAUGUCAAUGUUGUUAA